AUGGUUCCGAGCGAUCGUCCACCUGCCUAUGUGGCGACUACUGCGUAUCGUAUUACUUCCAACCAGACAACAAAUACGUCUGGAGUUGCGGAUGUUUUAUUCCCGAGUCUGGGGCGCCGAUUAACCUUUGCGGGCACGAGGGCAUCAACAUCUUUGGGAAAGUCCGACAUCACUGCUGCAGUGAUCAGUGUAGAUAAUGUCAAUGUGUUGCUUGGCUCCAUUGGUACAAUA